CCACUUGAAAUGAACAAUCAAACAGAUGUCACUGAAUUCAUCUUCCUGGGAUUUUCCAAACACCCCAACCUACAGGGCUUGGUCUUCCUGGUCUUUCUGGUCAUUUACCUGACAACCCUCGUUGGUAUGGCCACCAAUGUCAGUCCUGCCCUCCACAUCCCAAUGUAUUAUUUCCUGAGCAACCUGAGUUUCUUGGACAUCUGCUACACGUCUACCAUCAUCCCGGUCAUGCUGGUGAACUUCUUCCGGGAGAAGAAGACCAUCACCUAUGAGGGCUGCCUUUCCCAGAUUUUCUUCCUUGUGACCUGUGCUGGCACUAAAUGUGUCUUAUUGGCAGCUAUGGCUUUUGACCGUUAUGUAGCCAUCUGCCACCCUCUUCAAUAUCCUGUCCUCAUGAGUGUGAGGGUCUGUUUCUGUUUGGUGUCUGGGUCCUGGCUAUGUGGGCUGGUGAAUUCUAUGACCCACACAGUGCUGGCAGCCACACUCACUCUGUGUGAGCCCAACCAGAUCAGCCACUUUCUCUGUGACAUCCCGUUGCUCCUGAAGCUCUCCUGCUCAGACACCUCUCUCAAUGAGUCUGUGCUCCAUGUGGCCAGUGCCACCAUUGGCCUGAGCCCCUGUCUGUUUACUGCAAUGUCCUACAUACUCAUCAUCUCUGCCAUCCUCAGGAUUCCUUCUGCUCAAGGCAGGAGCAAGGCCUUCUCUACCUGUGCAUCCCACCUCACUGUGGUGGUGGUCUUUUAUGGAAUGGCAAACUUUAACUAUGACAGACCCAAUGUAGGCUGCAACCUGGAUAUGGACAUCCUGGUCUCUGUGUUCUUCUGUGUUGUGACCCCCAUGUUUAACCCCAUCAUCUAUAGUCUGAGAAACAAGGAGAUCAAGGGUGUCCUGUGGAAGCUGGCUAGAGAAGCUCAUUUUCUAGUGAGAUCAAUGGUUAGAUAA